UGUCGAGCGUCCGCGCGGAGCACCGCGCGCGGUCGGAGCGCGGAGACAGCUGGAGACAAACGGAGAACCAGGGGACGAACGGAGAGCACAGGAGACCACCGGAGACCACGGCAGCAGUGAGCGGUCAGCCAUGGCGGACUGCUGUCUUCCCGGCAGGAGGAAGGGGUCCGGGAAGGACUUCCCGCCUGGAAAACCUCCCAUCGAGACGGUCAGGUAUGCCAGCGAGGCUUCGAUAGAGGAGGACAUCGCGGCUGUCACGCUCGCCGUCAACAGCGAACAGCACCAAGUGCUGAGGCGGGACCUGCGCGAUGGCGGAGUACCCACGGAUGUCACCCCGACCACGACGCUGGCCGACUACCUGCGACAGUACCAACAGCUGCCCGGCACAAAGACCAUGUGUCGCGAGGGCAUGUGCGGCGCCUGCGUGGUCAACGUGACCUCUGUGAACCCGGCCACGGGUCAGAUGGAGAGCCGCGCCGUCAACUCGUGUAUGGUGCCGCUCAAGGCCUGCCACGACUGGAAAAUCGAGACGGUGGAGGGCAUCGGGAACCGUAAGGACGGCUACCACCCGGUGCAGGCGAGGCUGGCGCAGAUGAACGGUACUCAGUGCGGCUACUGCAGCCCGGGAAUGGUCAUGUCCAUGUACAGUCUGCUGAAGAACGGUGGGCAGGUUACCGAGGAGCAGGUGGAACAGGCGAUGGACGGCAACCUCUGCCGCUGCACCGGCUACAGGCCAAUCCUGGACGCCUUCAAAACGUUUAAAGUCGACGCCGACGAAAAAACAAAGAAAAUCGUCAGGGAUAUUGAGGAGGCGAGCGGCUGCCAUGGCAACAAGCGUGGCCCGUGCCAGUCGACCGGCUCGGCGUGCGCCGGCUGUCCGCGGGCGUCGAUGACGGCGGCCGAUGACGACUGGCGUCUGCCAACGUCGCUCCAACAGGCCAUCACCGACCUCGAGGCCAUGUCCGUCGGCGGCAAGACCAUCCGACUGGUGGCCGGAAACACUUCCACGGGCGUGCUGGACAAAUACGAGGCGCCGUCGGACGGCUACAUCUCUCUGCUGAAGAUCCCCGAGCUGCGCGUCAUCAAGCGGCCCGGCGAGAAGGCUUCCAAGUGGACUCCCCGCUGGCAGCUGCCUGGCGAGACUAAGGGCGCUGUGUUCGGCGCCGCCGUCACCCUCUCGCAGUUCAUCAAAGAGCUGGACCACCUCAGCGGAACUCCCGGGUACCGCCACUGCGCUCAGAUGGCCAAACAUCUCCGGGUGGUGGCCAACACGCCCGUCAGGAACGCCGCCACCUGGGCCGGCAACCUGAUGAUCAAGUACAAGCAUCGGGACUUCCCGUCCGAUGUCUUCCUGCUGCUGACUGCGGCCAAGGCCAAACUGAAAAUCGUUGAAGGCAAAAAUGCAGAGGAGAUGUCGGUAGAGAUGAUGUACAACAUCAGCAUGAAGAACAAGUUCAUCGUGUCCAUGACGCUGCCGCCUAUCGACGAAAACAAGUACAUCUUCAAGACGUACAAGAUCACUCCCCGUGCCAUCAGCGCUCACGCCUAUGUGAAUGCGGCCUUCGUGAUUCCGUUCGACACGGCUACGGCCAAAAUCACCGAGAAACCCACUAUCCUGUUCGGCGGCAUCAACGACAGAUUCGUGCACGCGACAAACACAGAGCGCUACCUGACAGGCCGCUCACUGAUGGCCGAGGCCACUGUGAAGGGAGCACUGACCACCCUCCUGGACGAGGUCGAGCCCCACCCGGACCCGGAGCACGCCGAUGUCGCCUACAGGAAACGACUCACAGGCAAUCUGCUCUACAAGGCGAUCCUGUAUACUCUGGGUGACCGUGUGCCGGUCCGCCUGAGGUCAGGAGGUGAUGACCUCACCCGCUCCACCAUGAAGGGAACCCAGGAGUUCGACACCGACAAGACGCUGUGGCCCGUCAACAAGGCUGUGCCCAAGCUGGAGGCGCAGAUCCAGACGUCGGGCGAGGCCGAGUAUGUGGAUGACCAGCCGGCCCUGCCCGGAGAGCUGUACGGACACUACGUGCUCAGCACCAUGGCAAACGCCAAAAUCGGCAGUGUCGACGCCUCAAAAGCACUGGCGAUGAAGGGUGUUCGAGGAUUCUAUACGGCGAAGGACAUCGUCGGCAAAAACCAGUUUAUUUCUCUCUCAAUUCUGAUACCGAUCUUCAGCAUCAACCCGCAGCUGAUCACACCACAACAGGUGUUCGCCGAGGACAUGGUGCGUUUCGCCGGUCAGCCGAUCGGACUGGUGGUGGCCGACACGAAGGCGAUCGCCCGCAGGGCGGCAGCACUGGUCAACGUGGAGUACACGCAGGUGGCAGCACCGGUCCUCACCAUCCGGGACGCCCUGAAGACGCAGCCAGACGGCAGGAGACAGAGCGCCUACUGCCCGCUGAACGUGGUGACCGGCGAUACAGACGCGGCGAUGGCGUCCGCGCCGCGGCGCGUGAAGGGCGAGUGGGAGAUGGGCGGCCAGUACCACUUCACCAUGGAGCCACACACGGUGCGCGUCAUCCCCUGCGAGGACGGACAGCUCAACAUCUACAGCGCCACGCAGGGCAUCAAACACGUCGUGGAUGUCGUCUCGGACGUCGUCAACAUACCGGCGCACAAGAUCAACGCCGAGGUUCGUCGUAUCGGUGGUGGCUACGGAGGGAAGAUCAGUAACCCCAUUCCGAUCGCAAGUGCCUGCGCCGUGGCGGCUACCAAGCUGAACAAGCCCGUGCGAAUGGUGCUCGACAUCGAGAAUAUGAUCGAAAUGUGCAGCGGACGGUUCCCGUUCAUGAUCACCUACGAGGCUGGUUUUGACGACACCGGCAAGCUGCUGGCGCUCAAGCUUCACAUGAUCACCGACAACGGAUUCUCCAUGUCCACACUGGGCUUCCUGGAGCUCCAGGAGGCACUCAGCGCAGUCAGCGCCAUCUACCGCACAGACAACUGGAACGUGACGCCCGGCACGGUCAAAACCAACUUGCCCAUCAACACAUCCUGCCGCGCACCCGGCACGAUCAACGGUUUCGCGGCGAUCGAAACUGUGAUGCGUCACAUCGCCCACGAGCUCAACAUGGACCCGUGGGAUGUCAAGAAGGUCAACUUCGCGCUGGGAUCCGGAGCAACGCCGCCGCCACCACUCACACCCAACGAUGAGAAGGUCUUCUCCAUGAUGAUCAAGGAGAUGUUCGAAAAGGGAGAUAUUGACGCGCGCAAGGCCGACAUCCGCACCUUCAACAAGGCCAACCGCUGGCGGAAGCGCUCGCUGGCGCUGGUGCCCAUCUCCUACCACAUUAACCUGGCGUUCCGGUAUCCGGCGCUGGUCUCCAUCUACGACAAGGACGGCAGCGUGGCCGUGUCGCACGGAGGAGUCGAGAUGGGACAGGGCAUCAACACCAAGGUGGCGCAGGUCGUGGCCCACGUGCUCGGCGUACCUCUGGAACAAGUAUCCGUGAAACCCAACAACAACCUGGUGAACCCGAACGGCGUGGUGACCGGCGGCAGUCUGGGCAGCGACAUGAACUGCAUGGCCGCGCGGCUGGCCUGCGAGGUGCUCCGCGAGCGCCUGAUGCCCUUCAUGGCCGAGGGACGGCCCUGGCUGCAGGUGGUGCAGUAUGCCUCCGGCAGCGGCGUCAACCUCAGCGCGCACUCGCUCCAGCCGCCGACGACCAACCGCUACUCGGUCUGGGGUCUGUGUGCGGCCGAGGCCGAGCUGGACGUGCUCACCGGCGAGUACCGCUUCAACCGCGUGGAUCUCUACGAGGACGCCGGCAAGGCGCUGUCGCCGCUGGUGGACGUCGGACAGGUGGAGGGCGCCUUCACCAUGGGAAUGGGCGUGCUGCUGUUCGAACAGCUCCGCACGGACCCCAAGACGGGCAGGAAGGUCACCAACCGCGCCUGGAACUACUACCCACCGACGCACAAGGACAUGCCGCGCGACUUCAGGGUGAAGCUGCUGAAGAACAACGUCAACGACGUCGGCAUCUUCAACUCCAAAGCCACGGGAGAGCCGGCGUCCUGCAUGGCCAAUGCCUGUCUGAUGGCCCUCCACCAGGCAGUCGCUGAGGCUAGGAAGGCCGCAGGAUUGAAGGACUGGAUCACCAUAAACUCGCCCAGCACGGCGGAGUACACUCAGAUGGCCUGCGAGACCACGCCCGAGAUGCUGGUCAUCACAUAGACACGGACGCAGCACGGUUCCACAGCGCUGGAGAGUGCAGAGGUCGCGGCAUCGAGACCGGCACAAUGAGCAGACAAACAGCAUGGCAACGAGACAACGGCCAACGAGCUCGUUGUUGUAAAACUGUCUGAGAGAAACGCGGGAGAUCUGAAUGACAGGCAAUCGACAGGAUUGUCGUCAUACCACCUUGCUGAGUGUGACCAAUGGAAAAGUUGCGAUUGCACAAUAGCUACGAUUGCAUCAAGUGACGGACGAAUAUAGAUUCAGGGGUCACAUAUAAAUAUCCCAUUAAUGUCCGUCCACCUUAGACGCUUUGGAGUUCAAAGCAACAGUUAUAGCGUAGACAUAUCUCUAUCUUCAUUGGUGACAGCAGCGGUAGUACCUAGUUUUCACGAUUCGUUCACCCUCUCGUAGCAUCUAAUCGAUCUACCUUUCCUCCCGAACGAAAUAAAACAUUGCAGAUCAGUUACAAUGUGACAUAAAAUAUCACUUCUUAGAAGACAUGCGUUGCCCAACUAUAGCGUUAUAUUGUGUGUAUCUUUGGUGAAGGAUUCUUAGAUAUUGAAGAGAUAUAUUUUGUUUCAAUAAACAAUAUAUUAUAUGAAAGUC